AUGGCUUCCCACCCUUCACCACCAGCAUGGGCUGAGGCCUCCUCACAUCUCCUUCCCGCACAAGGUGAACCCCAUCCGUAUCCCUCACAAUGGCAACAGAAAGUCCACUCCGACACCGAUACAGACGUCCUCCGCCCCGACCACUACGUCUCCUCCAUCCCCGCCGGCCCGCCUCACAAGUCGACGUUUCUCCAGAAACUUUCUGCAACAUGGACUUUCGAACUGUUUGGCCUUCUUGUUUCAGCCGCCAGCUUAGCUGCGAUGGUGUACGUUCUGCAGCGGUACGACAGGCAGAGGAUUCCUGACUGGGGGUCGUUGUCUUUUAAUACGCUCAUCUCCAUCCUCGCGGUGGUGGGGAAGAUGGCUGCGCUCUACGGUGCGACCAGCGCCAUUUCCCAGUUGAAAUGGGUUUGGUUGGCCGGGCAUGAAAAGAAGUUGAUCGAUUACAAAACGUUCGACAGUGGGAGCCGGGGGGCGAGUGGCGCCAUGAUGCUGGCUUGGGCGCUAAAGGGGCGGAGCGUUGCCGUUCUCGGAGCAUUUGCCAUCAUCAUUGGUGCCGCUGCUGGCCCAUUUGCGCAGCAGAUCGUCCAUUUCUACGACGCCGAAUACGUCGAUGUCGCCCGGACCUCGUGGCUAGCCAAAGCAGAUAUCCUUGACUCGCUUGGCCCCAAAUAUGACUAUUCGACUUGGACUCUCGACCCCAUAUUCAAGGCCAACGCUAUCACUGCCCUCUUCCUCCCUACCCAAGAAGUCCUCACACAACCGCGAUUCAACUGUCCUACAGGUAACUGCACCUGGGCCCCGUUUUCAACUCUCGGCUUUUGCCCUGCUUGCGUCGAUGUUUCGAGCCAGCUACGCCGGACGUGCAAGACCGUGUUCGAUUCCAACAAUAGGACCACGGCGCAAACCUGCACCGUCACCUUCCCGGGCGGCAACGAACCCGUCAGCCUGUGGUACGUGGCUGACCCUGAUUUCGACGGUGCAUCCGAGUACAUGGUCCUCAAUUCGACCCGGUCGGACAAUGCCACCGCCCUCACCAACCUGAGCUGGCCACCAACAAUCUAUCAGUCCAUCCGGGCCGCCGUACCCACCGACGAACUAGGGGGCACCCAAAACCCCUCCCUCGAAGUCGACGGAACCCCGGCCAAUAAUGGAAUCCAUAUCCUCAAAAACGAUACCCGGUGUGUGAAACCCCAAAUUCCUUACCCCCAUUCCCAACACCCUUGCUCUCAUAUUUCUCCAAGCAACCCCAGUGCCCUCAUCCCGACACCCAAACUAACGUCCACACCCAAACCCAGCUUCAUCGGCUCCGAAUGCGCCAUCCUCCCCUGCGUACGCCGCAUUCAAGCCUCCGUAACCCGCAGCGAGUACUCCGAAACCAUCCUCGACACCUUCACCAUCCCGGACCACCCCUACACCCCCCCCAACCCCAUCACCCUCACCCCCCCCUGGAACCACCCCCCUAAAGCCUACACCAUCCACCCAGAAUGGCUCGAAUCCCUCUCCGUCACGCACCCCUCCCCCCUCGGCGGCCAGCUCCUCGGCCGCGGCCACACCACCGACAGCAACAUGGCAAUCCGGGUCGUCGACCUGCCCCCGCCGGGCGGCUUCUCGCGCGCCAACGACGCCCUGCAGGCCGUCUUCUACGCCAAUUUUACCGGCACCACCUGCCCAACCCCCGACGACAACGUGGCGUGCGCGUUCCGCGCGCUGGGCGCCGCGCUGACCAAGUCGGUGCGGGAUCUGGCGGUGGUCAGGAAUGGGACGGCCGUGCCGUACGUGGUGGAGGGGAGGGUCAAUGUGGUGGGGACGUUUGUGAGAGUGGAGUGGGCGUGGUUGGGGUUGCCGGUGGCGGUGUGGGGGUUGAGUGUGGUGACGGUGCUGGUGGCGAUGGGGAAGUCGAGGGGCGUGCCAUUGUGGAGGGAUUCGGCGCUGCCGUUGGUGUUGUUGUAUGGGGAGAAUGCGGAGGUGGGGGGGAGGGGGGUGCAGGAGGCGGCGUUGAGUGCGAGGGCGGAGACGGUGAAGGUGCAUUUGGUGGGGGAUGAGGGGAGUGGGUUGAGGAUUUUGACGAAGGGUGGUUGA